AUUCUGGACCUUCUGAAGGUGAAGCUGCUCGGACCGGCGUACAGGACUUUCCACACACAGCUCUACACCUGCUCGGAGACUUUUGACUUCCUGCCGGUUCGUGUUCUGCAGGACUUAACCUCUACGGGCCUUUUACCAGGGUCGAUUUUAGCAGUUCUGGUGGCUGUUUUGAUGAUUGUCUGGCCCCUAAUUCAAAAAAGGCCAGUCACGUCUGAUCAGUCAACCGAGUCUUCCGGUGAUAGAUGCGAAAGUCUUCUUCAGCUACACCAGCUGCCCGCCAGGGAUGUCGCCCUUCUCACCAGAGACUUUAUCUCCGUCUUCGUCCUACUUCAGCUGGCAGCGUUUGCCCUCUUGGCCGGUAUGAUCAUGCGCUUGAAGCUCUUCUUUGUGCCACAACUCUGUCUGAGUUUGGCUAUCCUUGCCCAACCCCGACUCUUCUUUGGCUCGCACAAAUUGCUGCGUCUUUUCGUCAGCAGCAAGCCUUCCAAGUCUUCCAGAAAACUCUCUCAGCGAGCCGCCUCCUCACCUUGGCCCACCAGAGCCCUCUUUUUCAAGGUCAUACGGAUCCACUCCAUUUUCAUCCUCUUCCUCGUGCUCAGCGCCCUCAAAGGCUGGCAAAAUUUGCGGGAUGAAUGGGGAAAAGUUGGCGAGUUCUCUGCUCCCACUACUGAGACCCUGUUGAACUGGGCCAUAUCUCUUCCCGCCCGCGCAGAUAACCGCCCCUGGGUGUUUACCGGCCCCAUGCCAGUCAUGGCCACCCUGCGUUUGGGAUUGAUUACGAGACUUAACCACCGCCCCGGUGUGCCAUUAAACGCCAAAUUUGCCAUCACAAAUCACCCACACUAUGAGAACGAGUUACUCCGAACGCGAACCAUAUUGGCGUAUUCGCUGACCAGCCGGAAGCCCCUGGUCACCAUCUGGUCCAUCUACCGUUACGUUCUGAUGGCGGAUUUCGUUGUGGUAGAACGAGGAUGGUGCAUAAAUCCACAUGCGGGGCCGGGCUGUAGCCCGUCGGAGAUUUGGGAUCUGCAAGACCCUGCGUUCUCCGACCGAGGUGAUAGUCCCUGCACAUAUGCCUUCAUCUCCGACCUCUCUCCCGAGGACUCUGUGCGCGCCUUUAGCGGCUACUUUAGACCCGUCUUCCGUUCACUAGAUCACUCACUCGUCGUCUUAGAAGUCGCCCGUCGUCCUUUCCUUUUUGUUUAA